CUAAUUUUAUUUAUCAACCUCUAUAUACAUUCUCUCAAUAACACACACAAACACCAUAAUUCUUCUGUGUCAAAUGGGUGACAAGAUUAGUGACGACAAGCUUCAUGAUGAUCAGGAUUCAGAAGCUGUGGAAACCAUUUCCCUCACCGAUUUCCCAAUAUCACAACAUCAAGGUGCUGAUCGCCUGAAUCCGCCACCAUCAUCCGCUGCCGAGGACUUUUUCGAGUUUUUCGGGGGAGGUUUGAGCGACAACUGCGACGACAAGUCCAUGUCGCAUGCCGAAGACAUCAUAUUCUGCGGCAAACUUGUACCCAUCAACGAACAACUCCAUCGUAACGAUUUACCACAAACAAAUAGUAAAAUCCCACUAAUAGCAGAGCUGUUAGUAGGGUCCACAGAAAAUGAGACAAAAUUUUCCACUGUCACAGGGAGCAAUUGUAGCAGACAUAUUGCUCAUAGUGACAGUGAAAAACAUCAAUUUAAAAGUCAACACAACCAACCGAACCAACCGGUUGGUUGUCGACGGUCAAGAUCUGAGUCAAUGGCGGAUGUCAAGCGCGCCGCGAGCCCACCAGUUAGAACCAGCCGGUCACUAGAUUACAAACGGCUGCACCGGAACUCAAGCAUGAGUUCCGAAUCCGUCGCGGAUAUUAGCCGUGACGGUUCCGGGAAGAAGUCAUCUUCUUCCCGGUGGUAUGUACUUUUGUUUGGGCUAGUUAAAGUGCCACCGCCGGAGAUGGAUAUCCGGGACAUAAAGAACCGGCAGGUUCGCCGGACUAGUUCAAAGUCGCCUCUCGGUCCGUCGGAGUCGGUUAAUAUGGUUCCGGUUAGCCGGAGUGUUGAUCACCGGAAAUGUUCAUGGAAAGUGUUGGGGUUUCUGAGUUGCAAAUCGUCUAGUAGUGCUGCCGUAACGAUGCCGGUAGGUUACAUGCCCAAAGUUUAAGGAAUGGACAUUUUGUGCAUUUUUUUUUUUCAUAUGUACAAUUUUGUGCAUUAAAUAUAACCAUAUACAUUUA